GAUACAGCAAAGGAAGGAAGAGGAAAGACUGAGAGGGCAGGGAACUCGAGUAAAAGACAGAUUUGGCGAUGUAAGCUUUAGAAUCAGAGGUGGAAUAGUGGAGAGGCUGUAAACUGCUCACUUUGGUCAGGUGUGUUCAGUCUGUACAGCGUCUGGGUUCACGAGGUCACAGGAGGGAGACUUUUUUGAAAAGCUUGAGCAGUUUUGGGGUUUUUGAUCCAACCGGCCUUCAUUGGCUGGACAGUUGCUCAUCUUCACCUGCAGUCAUGGAGAAGCAAAUAGCUGAUCUACAGCUGCAGCUGGAGAAGCAGUGUCUUAUCAACCAAGAACUGCAGAGGCAGAACAAGGAGCUGGAGCAGCGUCUGCAAGAGAAAGAAAACCUUUUGCAAAAUCUGCAAAGUCAAUAUCAGGAUCUUGCAGACUUUCCCUCUCAGAGCAGUAAUGAACCUGAACCCGAGUUCAGGAAAAGUCGUGUGGCCGUCAUCGCCUCUGAACCGAUUCCUGAAAACCUGGAAAUUACAAGCAGCCCUGUCAAGAAAUCUGCCAGUGAAACAGCUCUGAUUAUCAAAGCCAUCCAAAAGAACGACUUCCUGAGCCGCCUUGAUGAAGAGCAAAUCGCCAUGAUGGUGGACCUUUUAAGAGCUUCCAACUUCAAACCUGGGGAGGAAGUCAUUAUAGAAGGCUGUGAAGGAGACAGCAUGUACAUAGUGGCAGCUGGUGAGCUCAUCGUCACCCAGGCAGGACAGGACCUCCGAACUCUGAGCAUCGGGGAUGUUUUUGGAGAACUGGCCAUCCUUUACAACUGCAAACGGACAGCCACAGUUAAAGCAAAAACUCAGGUGCGUCUUUGGUGCAUGGAGCGACAGACGUACAGAACCAUCAUUACCAACAAGUCCAAGAAGAGACGAGGGCAGCUGAUGGGCUUCCUGAAGACGUCUCGAACUCUUAAAAACUUAAAUGACGUGCAGUUGUCCAAAAUCAUUGAUUCCAUGGAAGAGGUGAAGUAUCAAGACAAAGAAGUUAUCGUUCGCGAAGGAGCAGAGGCAAACUCAUUCUACAUCAUCCUCAAAGGAGAGGUUUUGGUGACCAAAAAUGUGAAUGGAUAUCAGAAGCAGAUCCGCAGGAUGGGGAAAGGGGAGCACUUUGGGGAGCAGGCCCUCAUACGCGAGGUCUUGAGAACAGCCACCUGUACUGCUGAUGGACCCGUUACCUGCCUCUCCAUCGACAAGGAGGUUUUUGAAGAGACCAUCCCUGUUGAAUACCUGGAACUGUUUGACGACUCCAAGGUGAUGCAAGAAGCAGAAACUCCUGCAAAGUCAUUGCCCAGCUCCACCCUGAGGUUUAAGGAUCUGGUUCCUGUUUUAUACCAGGAAGGGCGCUUUCAAGGAGAUCCCGUCACUCUUGGAGUUGGAGGUUUUGGCCGUGUGGAGCUGAUGACCACAAUAAAGCAUGGAAAAUAUUACGCCAUGAAGCGAGUAAGCAAGAAGCAGAUUGUUGCCAAGAGACAAGAGGAGCACAUGCUGUUUGAAAAGAAGAUUCUCAAAGCCAUUCAGUGCGACUUCAUCGUCAGACUUUAUUCAACCUUCAAAGACACAAGAUACAUUUACAUGGUCAUGGAUUUCUGCAGUGGAGGAGAAAUUUGGACCAAACUGAAAGAAGUAGGGCGCUUUGAUGAGCCUAUAGCCGUGUUCUGCACCGCCUGUGUGGUGGAGGCCUACGCCUACCUGCACAAGAAGAACAUCAUGUACAGAGACUUGAAGCCAGAGAACCUGAUGCUGGACCAAAGAGGGUACAUCAAACUAGUCGACUUUGGUUUUGCAAAAGAGUUGAUGCGUGGAGAUAAAACGUACUCUUUUGUUGGCACGCCUGAGUACAUGGCUCCAGAGAUCAUCAAGAACCAGGGACACGACUUUGCUGUAGACUUUUGGUCUCUUGGCAUUCUGAUCUUUGAGCUGCUGGCGGGAAGCCCUCCCUUUUCAAGUUCAGAACCUCAGAAGAUCUAUGCCAAAAUUCUGGAUGGUGAGCUCAAGUAUCCUCCUUACAUGAAUGAAGCAGCAAAGUCCAUCAUCAGUAAACUGUGCAGACCUCGGCCGGGUCAGAGGCUAGGAAACACCAAGAAUGGAAUCAAAGAAGUGCGGCAUCACAGGUGGUUCGGCAACAUGAACUGGCAUAAACUUCGCCUGGGUCAGCUGGAGGCCCCCACAGUUCGACUCAUACGGAAGGGUCCGUGUUACAUCAACUUUGACCGAUUCCCUGUGGACCACACAAAGGCAGACGAAGACUUCUCUGGUUGGGAUCGUGACUUCUAAUUAUUUUUAUUAUUUUUUUAAUUUGAAAAAUCAAAGGCUGGAAAUCUUAUUUUUGACAUUGUUCAACUUACACAAUGCAGCCAUAAAAACUAAUUUAGUACACUUUUGUUUAAUAAAAAUGACAAAGCUGCUACAAACAACCUGUUUUAUAGAGUUGACCUUUUUUAUGUUGUUAUACUGACAAAGAGUCUUCUUCUGGGAUUAUCAUCAUCUGACUCAUUUCUUAGUCCGAUGAAAUUACCGAACUUGAUAAAAGAACCUAAUAAGGUAACAGUUCACUUACAGAAUAACAAUUUGGUAAACUCAAAUUCAGUAAAUUUUGGCAGAAUUUAACUAAGUACAACUGAAGCAUUUAGAUAUUCAACGUGCAAAAUUAUAAAUUAGUUAUUUAUAUCAGUAAAUGUUACCUAUUUAGUGUUAUAUCAGGGAUAAAGUAACAACCAUAAAAUAUGGUCUUUAGUAAGGCUUGUUGUGAUUCUGGUGUCCUAAAUGUUUUACAACAAAACAAUGAGGAAUUUUGGUACAGAAAAACCCAAUAAUGGAAUGGGUAACUUUGUGUUUUUACUGUUUAUCUGGAUCAAUAAUUCUUAAAUAAUAUUCAGUUGUUAUCUUGUAAAGAUGACUCGUAUUUCAUUUAAGAUUUUUAGUCGAGUUCUUUAAACUCUCCAGUUAUUACUCAUUUGAAUCUUGACCAUCACAAUGGAAAUCUGUGAGUGAUUUAUUAAAAAGAAAUCCUCUGA